CCGUGGAACUGCUUUAGUGUUGUUGGCCGUUUACACGCUUUUUAUGUGUUUUCAGUUGAAAACUCAUGCAAACCUCUACACUGAUGAUGAAUCCGAAGACCCACAACUAUCUUUCAUGACAUCAUUAUUUUCACUAGCUCUCAUAACAAUAAUCGUUGCUUUUUCCGCAGAUUAUCUCGUUGGUUCUAUUGAAGGGACCAUAAUGACUCUCGGACUGAGUAAAACUUUUGUUGGAUUGAUUUUGAUACCAUUUGUCGGUAAUGCUGCUGAG